AUGCUGAAAAUAGUUUUGGUGGUUCUUUUGGCCUUCUUGGUGCAGUAUGUCUUCAAAACUUUGUUGAUGUUUGAUGUUCAAAAACGAAUUUACAACCAUCGACCAGGACAGUGUAGAAAAAUAGAAGGACCCGUUCAUGGAUCGGAAGACAUAACCAUUGUCGAUGAGAAAUAUGUUGCAUUCAUAACUUCUGGAUUGGUUUAUCUGAAUGACGACCCGUCCCGUGCCACAUGGAAAGGCCAAAUAUUCCUCUAUGACUUAACUAAAAGAACCUACAAAGCAGAAUCCAUUCCAAUUCUGAAUUUAGAAGAUGAAGAAGGAUUUCAUCCUCAUGGAAUAUCUCACUGGAUUAAGAAAGACGGAACUAUUCGUUUGUUUAUUGUUGUGCACUCCAAAAUUUUUAAGCAUUCCAUUGUGAUUCUUGAUUUUGAUGAGACCAAGCGUCAGUUGAAUCAUGUUAGAACAGUGAGGAAUGAGAAAUUUGUUCGACCAAACGAUAUUGUGGCAACUGGAGAUGACUCGUUCUUGGUUUCAAAUGACGGAGGAGCUCAAACAGUUUUGGGAAAUGCGGUUGAGAUGUUUACUGGUUUCUGGAAAGGAGGAUUAGUCUAUUACGAUGGAAAGACAUCACAAUAUUUAUUAGAGAACACAGUUGCUAAUGGAAUCAUUCUUUCUCGUGAUAGAAAGACAUUGUUUGUUUCCCACAUCAAUCAAGAAACUAUUGGAGUUUUUGCUUGGGAUCAGAAGAACAUUUCAAUAAAGAAAAUAUCUGAAAUUGAAACACUCACUGGAUGCGACAACUUCUAUAUUGAUAAGCAGGAUAAUUUGUGGUCGGGAUGUCAUCCAAUUCUGAAAGAUGCUGUUGGACACCUUGGAGACGCUGGAGACCAGUCUCUGUUUGCUCCAUCUCAAGUUCUUCGUUUUAAAUUCUCGAAAGACUUGAAAUCAGCUGAAAUGGUUGAAGUAUUUUCUGAUGAUGGAAAAUUCACUUCUGCCAGUGCGAUUGCUGUCGGUUUCGAUGACGGAAAACAACUGCUAAUUGGAACUGUCUUCCGUGAUUUAACUCAUUGUGAUAUUGAUGUACCACUUGAUUUCUAA